AUGCAACCAAGAUCGAUCGCCAAGCGACGUGCGGUGGAUGCCGCCGACGUGCUCCCGGACGACCUCCUGCACGAGAUCUUCGCGCGCGUGGCGCCGGGCCUCCUCGACCUCAUUCGCUGCGCGGGCACGUGCGCGCGUUGGUUCCGGCUCAUCACCGGCCCGGCUUUCCUCCGGCGCGUCGGCAUCUCGCCGGAGAACACACGCCAUCGGUCCUCCUUCCUCAUUGGUGCCUUCUUCGGACCCGAAGCGAUACCCGUGCACCUGAACACGCCCAGGAAAAGGAUAUCCGACUCGCCUCCGCGAUUCUUCAGGCUACGUGCGCAGCAGACCGGCGGCGAGCGUCUCACCUUCACCUCGUUCAUCCACAACAACAAUGGAACCUUCAACUAUGCCAAGCCCCUGGUGUCGCAUCGCGGCCUUCUCCUCGUGCGCCGCCGCAUGCCCCAUGACUUGGAGAAGAUCCAUCUGGCCGUGUGCCACCCCUUGUUGGGCGCUCGGAGCACGCGUCUCCUCCCACCACCUCCGCAGGAUUUGGGCACCAUGGGCGUUUGGUAUGAUAUGACCGGCUAUGCCCUUGUUACUGUGGCAAACCACCGCGCCGCCGGUGAUCUAGACCACCGCAGGCAGCCACUGUUCCAAGUGCUUUUCACCACUAUAUGCUUCCAAAAAAAACGGGUGUACGCCUUCUCUUACUCCUCUGCCACGAAUAGUUGGAGUGCACCUAUCAAGUGCUCCCAAACUUUCGGCCUCACUAGGUCUGGGCCACUGGCUGGUGUGGUCAGCGGAAGCAUCGUGCAUUGGUUGUACACAAAUAAUAUAAACUUCUACACUCUCAACAUAUUCGCUGACGCAACACACGUGUCCUUAACCGAGAUCCCUAUUGAACUCAAAAGUGGCUUGCCACCGUUCCCAUGCAUCGUCGGGGAAGGAAAGCUCUCAUUUGUUUAUACAAGCACCGACAAUGUCCUAGAACUUUGGACGAAGCGAGAACAAGACAAUGAUCAUAGUGCUGAAGGUAAGGAAGGAUGGGUGCAGUCCGAGCUGAUGCCCCUAGAGGUCAAGGGAAUUGAAAUCUUGUCCUUCGCAGAGAGGUCAUGUGUGAUACUCAUGAUGCAGAAAGAGUGUCCUACCAUAUUCAGUCUUGACCUCGUGACCAAGAAAAUACAGCCGGUGAUAAGGGAAAACCGUAAUCUGGCCAUGUUUUAUUCAUAUAACGGCGAUGAAAUGUGGAGGUGCAAGAACCAUGUGCUCUACGAGAUUGAUUGGCCGUCAUACCUAUUUCACCUCUCGGCUGGAAGCUAA